AUGAAUGUUACUCCCGUCCCUCACGACACUCCCAAUGCCUCCUCUCGCUUGCGGUAUGUGCAAAUUUCUCGCGGGAACCAUCUCUUCAGUAGGGUACCUAUCAUCGCGUCCAUCGUUCUAGUCGCUCCCGCUCCUCCAGUCGCUUUCAUCCCUCUCGUCGCUCCCCCUCCUCCCGUCGCCCUCGUCGCGUCUGUCCUGGGCGCUUCUCUCGUCACUCCCGUGACGUCCCAGUCGUGCCUUCUUUCCCUCCUCCACCCGUCGCCGAACACCUUCCGUCCUGCUCCUCGCUUCCGUCCCGCUCCUCGCUUCCGUCCCGUGUUCUCACCUAUCGUUUUCUUCCCUCCGCCCCUCACUUCCCUCGCCGCCGAUCAUCAUCCGCCCCUUAUUCGCAUCGCUCACUUUAUCCGUCGCUCGAACGAACCCACCGCCCACACAAGGCAAUCGCCUUGCAUCGGUCCUGUCGCCCACACACUUUCAUGCGACAUUCACUCCCGUUCCGCACACUCACUCCCGUCGCCCGCACUCCCGUCGCUCACACUCCUGUCGCUCACACUCCCGACGCUCACACUCCUGUCGCUCACACUCCCGACGCUCACACUCCCGACGCUCACACUCCCGACGCUCACACUCUCGUCGCUCACACUGAUGUCGCUCCCAAUUCCGUCCUCACAAUUCCAUCGCAUACUCACUCCGGCCGCUCACAAACACCCGUCCCUCAAUGCAUCCUGUCAUUCACGCACUCUCGUCCCGCGCUCACCUCGUAGCGCGCGCCAAUCCCUCCCGUUCCGCAGUCACUGUCGUCCCGCAUUCUCACGUUCCAGUCAUUGUCGUGCUCUCUCGCUUCCUCACUCAAUCCCGUCCUUCUCUCACACCCGUCCCUCUCUCACACCCGUCCCUCUCUCACACCCGUCCCUCUCUCACACCCGUCCCUCUCUCACACCCGUCCCUCUCUCACACCCGUCCCUCUCUCACACCCGUCCCUCUCUCACACCCGUCCCUCUCUCACACCCGUCCCUCUCUCACACCCGUCCCUCUCUCACACCCGUCCCUCUCUCACACCCGUCCCUCUCUCACACCCGUCCCUCUCUCACACCCGUCCCUCUCUCACACCCGUCCCUCUCUCACACCCGUCCCUCUCUCACACCCGUCCCUCUCUCACACCCGUCCCUCUCUCACACCCGUCCCUCUCUCACACCCGUCCCUCUCUCACACCCGUCCCUCUCUCACACCCGUCCCUCUCUCACACCCAUCUCUCUCUCACACCCGUUCCUCUCUCACACCCGUUGCUCUCUCACACCCAUCCCUCUCUCACACCCGUUCCUCUCACACACCCAUCCCUCUCACACCCGUCUCUCUCACACCCCUCCCUACUGCCCCCAGGUGCCACGUGGCAUCUGGGGUGGUCACCUCUCCAUACAUCCCCCUCUCUGCCUCUCUCGUAUAACCCCUCUAAGCCCAUCCCCUCCUUUUCCUCUCAGCCCUUCUCCCCCCUCCUUCCUCCGCCCCUCUCCUCCUUUUUCUCUCAGUCCCUAUCAUCCUUUCCCUCUCAGCCCCUCUCCUCCUUUCCCUCUCAGCCAUUUCUCCUCCUUUCCCUCUCAGCCAUUCUCCUCCUUUCCCUCUCAGCCCCUGUCCUCCUUUCCCUCUCAGCCCAUCUCCUCCUUUCCCCAUGUCCUUCCCUCCGUUUCCCCCCUUUUUAUUUCUCCCUUUCCCCGUUUCCCCCCUUUUCAUCUCUCCCUUUCCCCAUUUCCCCCCCAUGUCCUUCCCUCCGUUUCCCCACGUGUCCUUCCCUCCCUUUCCCCCAUGUCCUUCCUUCCGUUUCACCCUUCUCCCUCCCUCCCUUUCCCCUUCUCCUUCCCUCCGUUUUCCCCUGGUACUUCCCUCCCUUUCGCCCAUGUCCCUCCCCUUCUCUUACCUCGCCCAUCCUUUCCCACCUGGUCUGCCCCUUCUCCCGUUCGUCCUUUUUGUCCUCUUCCUACCCUCUGUUGCCCUGUUCUCCAUGCCCCUUGCCCAGGGUCCUCAUGA